CAUAGUUAUAUAAACACCAAAUUCAAAUCUAGAACAUCUUGUCUUGUUUUACACCUUCAAAUUCAUUUUCUUCUUCGUUAAUCAUCUCUUUCGUUUCCUUUGAUCUUCUGAAAUUAGUUGAUUCAUCGAUUUAAUGGAGGCAAAGAUUGGAAAAAUGUUCGAGUCCGUUUCUUCGUUCUUCGGCGGUGGCGACCAAAUUCCAUGGUGCGAUCGUGAUGUUAUCGUAGGGUGUGAAAGAGAAGUUGCAGAGGCCAGCGGAGGUGCCUCAGAAGAACGCAAGAAUGAAAGUAUCAUGAGGUUAUCAUGGGCGCUUGUUCACUCAAGGCAAUCGGAGGACAUUAAUCGUGGCAUAGCAAUGCUUGAAGCUUCCUUAACCAAUACUAGGGCCCCUUUGCAACAGAGGGAGAAACUUUAUUUGUUGGCUGUUGGAUAUUACAGAAAUGCUGAAUAUGUAAGGAGUCGGCAGCUUUUAGAAAAAUGUUUACAGAUUGCACCUGAUUGGAGGCAGGCCUCAGCACUUAAAAAGACUGUAGAAGAUCAAAUUGCGAAAGAUGGAGUUAUUGGUAUUGGCAUUGCAGCUACGGCAGUGGGGCUUAUAGCUGCCGGGAUCGCAGCAGCAGCGAGUCGACGAUGAUAUAUCUAUUGAUUCACACCAGAAUAUAUGCACAAUUCAAGUGCUCUUCUCAAGAAUGGCUGUCUGAUGUUUCCAGUUUGAGCAUGAGAAGAAUGUUCAACAAAACCAAGAAGUUGAAAUCAAAUACCUCAUAUAGUUCUGCGUUAUAAGCAUUUCAAAUUCUAAUACUAGGAAUCCUAUAUCUUCAUAUGUUUAUUUUAUUUUCUUUUGUAUGAGAAAUAUAUCUGUUUGUAUACUUUAUGUUACGUCCACUUUCAAGAAGUAUAUACUUUCGACCCAAACAUUUGAUGUUGGAA